GGCCGCCCGCGCCGGCAGAGGCGGCUCCGUUCGCCGCUGUGACGCCGGCGGCGCUGGAACACCUGGAGGGGCGGCGGCGCCUCCGGCUCGGCCCUGCCCUGCCCUCCGCUGCUCGGCCGCGGGCAAGUUGCACUCAGAUACAAACAUGAGAAUUCCUGCAAUAGCACAUCUGCUACAUCCAGCUCAAGGACACUGGUUUCCAGGAGAGUCAGUUGAACGCGUACAGUGUUUAAGGAAAAUGUCCUGCUCUGAUAAAAUGUUCCAGCAUCUCAUGGAACUUCGCCAGGAAGCUUCACAGUGUCUGAAGAAAAUAAGAAACAUGGAAGGUCAUAAGUAUAAUUAUCCAAGGGAAUUUUAUGAUCAAUAUGCUCAAAGCCAAGAAAAAUCUGUGGUCAAUAAAAUGCAACAGAAGUACUGGAAAACAAAACAAACCCUUAUAAAAGUCACAGGAAAAAAAGAAGAUGAACAUGUUGUGGCUUCAGAUGCAGAUCUGGAUGCAAAGCUAGAGCUCUUCCAUUCUAUUCAGAGAACGUGUAUGGAGUUGCUGAAAGCAAUAGGACUUUAUCAGAAAAGGAUUUGUUUUCUGUCUCAGGAAGAAAAUGAAUUGGGAAAAUUUCUUCGAUCACAGGGUUCUCAGGAUAAAACGAGAGCAGGAAAAAUGAUGCAAGCCACAGGAAAGGCUCUCUGCUUUUCUUCUCAGCAAAGAUUAGCACUGCGUACUCCUUUGAGUAGAUUAUAUCAAGAAGUGGAGACUUUCAGAUAUAGGGCCAUCUCAGACACAUGGCUGACAGUGAACCGAAUGGAACAGUAUCGGACUGAAUACAGAGGAGCUCUGCUUUGGAUGAAAGAUGUGUCUCAGGAGCUGGAUCCAGAUCUUUAUAAGCAGAUGGAAAAGUUCAGGAAGGUUCAAGCUCAAGUGCGACAUGCAAAACUCAACUUUGACAAACUGAAGACUGAUGUCUGUCAAAAAGUCGAUCUUUUGGGAGCUAGCAGAUGCAACCUUCUUUCUCAUGUGUUAACAACAUAUCAGACAACACUUCUUCAUUUUUGGGAAAAAACUUCACACACGAUGGCAGCUAUCCAUGAAAGUUUCAAAGGUUAUCAGCCAUAUGAAUUCACUAUGUUAAAGAGCUUGCAAGAUCCUGUGAAUAAACUAACAGAAAGAGCAGAAAAGGAGGACCUGCAGAUUGAGAGCACCAAAUCAGUAGAAGAUCAGCAGAGUCAGUUGAUUUCAUUAGAUGAGGAGAGCCAUACCAAGGAAUCAGACUAUUCAGCUGCCGAUGGCAAGGAUGCCCUAUCCAAGUUACAAGGAAAUUGUAAUCACAAGCAGAACUCAGGUGCCAUAGAUGACUUAUUAGACCUACAACCUGAAGAAAAUGCAUCAAAGGAUCAGUUUGUGAGGCCCUUGGAGUCGGAACCUAGUGAUAAGGAUGACAUGGUGUUACUGAAUGAGAUCCUCAACGCUUCCUCCCUGGAUGAGGGGGAAUUCAGCAAAGAGUGGACAGCUGUUUUUGGACAGGUUGCGCUUACUGAUCUCACCAUGGGCUCUUCAGCUGGAGAUGAGGAGAACACUUCAUCGUCCAUGGCAUCAACACCAUCAGGCUAUUUGCCCUCACAGCUGUUAGACCAAAACAUGAAUGACUUGCAGUCAUCUUUACACGGAUGGGCGGCUAACAGUGGGAGCCCUCCAUCUAUACCACAGCCAGCACAGAAACCAAACAGCCUGAAUGUGAAUGCUAACAAGACGCCGAUGAAAGGUGAACCUACAAGGAAUCCUAAAGACUUGACUGCCUGGUUCAGUCUCUUUGCUGACCUCGACCCGUUAUCCAAUCCUGAUGCUGUUGGGAAAACUGAUAAAGAACAUGAAUUGCUUAAUGCAUGAGUCAGCUGCCUAUGAAUUUGCACCUGUUUGCAGAAGUUUCUUGCAACUGAUGAUUUACCAUGCCUUCAAAACAUGUUUCUGUUCAGAGUGUUUUUCAUCAAGUUUAUUUCUGAAGCAUGUGUUAUUUUGAGCUUGUUGUGACAUUAACUCUUUAAUAAAAUGAUUUUGACAAAAAAA